AUGAAUAAAACAUCAAAGAAAACAAACAAUCUUAAUCCGCCGGAUUACUUUCCCGGCGCGUGCCUAAUGGACGUCCGGUGCAGUUUCCACACGCUCGUGGUUCUUCUCGUGGCCGUUUUGGUGGUCGGAGCCGUUUACCUAACGACCGAGAGCGGCUACUUAGUGCAGGAACACAGACUUAACGGUUCGACAACAACGUCGAAUUCCGGGCCGUCCUGCGAUUUAUUCUCUGGAAAAUGGGUUUUCGACAACGCGUCUUAUCCGCUGUACGGAGAGCACGAGUGCUCGUUUAUGUCCGACCAGCUGGCGUGCGGCAAGUUCGGAAGGAAGGACUUGGAUUAUCAACAUUGGAGAUGGCAACCACACCAUUGUGACCUCCCGAGGUUCAAUGCUACAGCAUUAUUAGAGAAAUUGAGGAAUAAAAGGCUUGUGUUCGUUGGGGACUCUCUUAAUAGAGGGCAAUGGGUUUCUAUGGUGUGCUUGCUUGACCACGCAAUCCCACAUGGUCGCAAACACAUGCACAACAAUGGCAGCUCUUUAAUCACCUUCACAGCCAAAGAAUACAAUGCGAAAGUAGAAUUCUAUUGGGCCCCAUUGAUGGUGGAGUCCAAUUCAGAUGACCCAGUGAGCCACCGGCUACCGGACCGCAUAGUUAGAGCCCAAGCCAUUGAAAAACACGGCCGCCAUUGGACCGACGCUGAUAUACUGGUUUUCAACACCUAUUUGUGGUGGCGAAGGCCCAAAAUGAAAGUCUUGUGGGGCUCAUUCAAUAAUUCAGAUGGGAUAUACAAGGAAGUGAACAUGCUUCGUAGCUAUGAAAUGGCGCUAAGGACUUGGUCCGAUUGGUUGGAAAUUCACGUCAAUCGUUCCAAGACUCAGUUGUACUAUAUGAGCAUGUCCCCAACUCAUGAGAGGGCUGAAGAAUGGGGAAAAUCCAACGGCCAAAAUUGUUACACGGAGACUGAUUUGAUAUCCAAAGAAGGUUACAUGGGAAAAGGUACAGACCCAAACAUGAUGAGAAUAGUGGAAAAUACAUUAGAUGAGCUUCAAAACAGAGGAUUGAAUGUCCAAAUGAUCAACAUAACACAACUCUCAGAGUACAGAAAAGAAGGCCACCCUUCGAUUUACCGAAAACAAUGGGAGCCUCUAACCGAGUCGCAAAUUUCAAAUCCUUUAUCGUACGCAGAUUGUAUUCAUUGGUGUCUCCCGGGAGUUCCCGACACGUGGAACGAGCUUUUGUACGCUUAUAUUUCUAAUUACCACGAGUCGGGCCAAAAUAUUUGA